AUGCCUGUAGAAGGUGCAGAGCACCAGGCCUCCUCCUCCUCCUUCUCCUUCUCCAGCCCGGCCAGUGCCGCUCUCACCCCAGGGGGGUCUGAGGAGGAUGGAGCUGCACGGGGCUCAGCGGUCUGCACCUUCCCCGAAAACAGCCAUGGCUCUGAGGCAGCUGCAGCCUAUCCUGCCAACACAGGACCGGAGGAGAGCAACAAUGCUGGCAAGAGGUCAGGGGCCUUGCUGCAGAUUGAUCGACUUCGCAUCCAGGCAGCAUCUGCCAGUUCAGGAGCUCAUGAACUGGAGGGCCUCGGCGUGGCUGUGUAUGACCAGGAGGUGCUGGAGCAAGGGGUUCUGCAGCAAGUGGACGAGGCCAUCCAGGAAGCUAGCCAGGCCGCUGCUAAAGUCGAGGCUGAGAAGGAGUACCAGUCUGUGCUGGAUGACGUCAGGUCCGUUACAGCUUCUCUGAAACAAAUCAACAAGAUUAUCGAGCAGCUGUCUCCUUACGCAGCAUCCAGCAAAGACAUAAGUAGGAAGAUAGAAUCUGUCAAACGGCAGAAAGAAAAUAAGGAAAAACAGCUGAAAAAGGUUAGGGCGAAACAGAAGCGACUUCAGGCCAUUCUGGGUGGGGAGGACACUCUCAGAGUGGAAGCCGAACAUUUGGCAGAAGAUGGUGAAGAAGAAGAGGAACCUGGGCCGUCCACGCUGGGCAGCAUGCUCAUGCCAGCUCAGGAGACUGAAUGGGAGGAGCUAAUAAGGAAAGGCCACAUGACUCCUUUUGGAACACGAAUACAACAGAAAGAGGUCAAGAAGGAGCCUAGAAAAUUGAUGCUGGCGGAGAACUCCGCCUUUGACGAGUAUCUGGCAGACCAGGCCAAGAUGGCUACUGAGAGGAAGAAGUUACCUCUUCUGAAGAAGAAGAGAUCCUCUGCUCUCAGCUCCAAUGAGGGGACCAGGAGUAAAAGUGAGAAGCGUCUCUCCUCCAAGGAUAAAAAAAUGAAGAAACGUAUGAGAAAGCUGCAGAUAACUGCUCUGAAGGCCCAUCCCAAGGCUCGGCCAAAGGCUGAGCCAAUCCCCCCAAAGCCAAGGAGGAAGAGACACAUUGAGGGAGACGAAUCGGACAGCGAAGGGUCGGAGUACUUGCCAAGUGAUGAGGGAAUAGAUCCUGAUCAAGAGGAGAGAGAGGCCAUGGAAGAGGGCUAUGGGGAGGAUGAUGACAAUGAAUAUGAGUUGAAGCCCUACAAGAGAAAAUCUGAGGGAAGACGGGGGAGGAAAGCGAAGAAGAAAGACAGUGAGGAAGAGUACUGUCCUGGGAGUUCAGAUGAAGAGAGGGAUGAUAAGGGGAAAGCUAAAAAAUUCAAAGAUGAUGGAGAUGUGGAGUAUUACAGGCAGCGAAUAAGGAGAUGGAAGCGGCAGCGUCUCAGAGAGCGGGAGGAGAAAAGAGAGAGAGGGGAGGAGCUUACAGAUGACAGCGAUGCAGAAUUUGACGAAGGCUUCAAAGUUCCCGGUUUCCUCUGGAAAAAACUUUACAAAUACCAGCAGACAGGUGUGCGGUGGAUGUGGGAACUUCACUGUCAGCAGGCAGGUGGCAUCCUGGGGGAUGAGAUGGGAUUGGGUAAAACCAUUGAGGUCAUCUGCUUUCUGGCUGGACUGAGCUACAGCAAACUGAGGACCAGAGGAUCCAACUAUAGGUACGUUGGUUUAGGUCCAACUGUUAUCGUGUGCCCAGCUACUGUCAUGCACCAGUGGGUGAAAGAGUUUCACUCUUGGUGGCCUCUAUUCCGAGUGGCAGUUCUUCAUGAAACUGGCUCCUUCACCAGCAAUAAGGAAAAGCUGAUACCAGAGAUAGCGUCUUGCCAUGGUAUUCUCAUCACUUCAUAUUCAGCCGUCAGAAAUUUGCAGGACAUCCUACAGCGCUAUGACUGGCACUACAUUAUACUGGAUGAGGGCCAUAAGAUAAGGAAUCCUAAUGCUGGAGUUACCACUGCCUGCAAACAGUUUCGCACUCCUCACAGGUUCAUCCUGUCUGGCUCACCUAUGCAGAAUAACUUGAAGGAGCUGUGGUCUCUGUUUGACUUUGUUUUCCCUGGUAAACUCGGGACUUUGCCAGUCUUUAUGGAGCAGUUCUCUGUGCCAAUUACCAUGGGGGGUUACAGCAAUGCCUCACCUGUCCAGGUGCAGACGGCGUUUAAAUGUGCAUGUGUGCUGAGAGACACCAUAAAUCCAUACCUGCUUAGAAGAAUGAAGGCAGAUGUCAAGGCCAACCUCUCCUUACCUGACAAAAAUGAACAGGUGCUGUUCUGCAGACUAACAGAGGAGCAGCGGCAGGUGUAUCAGAGCUUCUUAGAUUCCAAAGAGGUCUAUCAAAUACUAAACGGAGACAUGCAGGUAUUCUCAGGUUUGAUCGCACUGCGUAAGAUCUGCAACCACCCGGACCUUUUCUCAGGGGGACCAAAGAUACUGAGGGGAAUCCCAGAGCAGCAGCUAACAGAGGAGGAACACUUUGGCUUUUGGAAGCGCUCGGGCAAACUGAUGGUGGUGGAGUCCCUGCUGCGCCUCUGGUUCAAACAGGGCCACAGAGUCCUCCUCUUCACUCAGUCUAGACAGAUGCUGGAAAUCUUCGAGGUGUUCAUAAUGGGGAAAAACUACUCCUACCUAAAAAUGGACGGCACAACCACAAUAGCUUCCCGACAGCCACUCAUCGCUCGCUACAACGAGGACAAAUCCAUUUUUAUCUUCUUAUUGACCACUAAAGUUGGAGGUCUGGGAGUCAAUCUUACUGGAGCCAACAGAGUCAUAAUCUAUGACCCAGACUGGAACCCCAGUACCGACACACAGGUUCGACACUCGUCAUCAGACAUCCUUUAUUUCACCAUGUGGGCAAGGGAGAGAGCGUGGAGAAUUGGUCAAAAGCAGCAAGUAACAAUUUAUAGACUUCUCACUGCGGGCACCAUAGAAGAGAAAAUCUACCACAGGCAAAUCUUCAAACAGUUUCUUACCAAUCGGGUUCUGAAGGACCCUAAACAAAGGCGUUUCUUCAAGUCUAAUGAUAUAUAUGAGCUCUUUACUCUGUGUGAUCCAGAUGGGUCACAGGGAACAGAAACCAGCGCCAUAUUUGCAGGCACAGGUUCUGAUGUCAAAGCACCAAAAAAAACAGAGAGACCAAGGCCUUUACAGCAAAUUACAGCAACAAAGAUUUCUACAGUAAGACAUCCCAGCACCUCCCCGUGUGAUAAAAACUCUGAGGGCAAUUCAGAUGUCUUCCUGGACAGCCAUAGAAUCAACCAAAAUGGUGUGGAAGCUCAGCCGAAUGUUUCAGCCAAUACACUGCCUUCUGGACAGAAUAAUAACCGUACCUCUGAUGCUGCUAAACCAGCAGCCACAAACUCAAGCUUACCUAGCUAUUACCCAAACAGAGGCUCUGCCCUGAUGAGCCCUCAGAAACACAGAGAAAAGAGGAAGCAUUGUGACUCUGCUGACGCGGACAAGCACAGUCAUAAAAGACGCAAGCGCUCCCGGGAUGCUCGAUUUGAAGGCCAACGUAUCCCUCAUUUGGUGAAGAAAAAGACUUUCAACAAGGCAGAAAGUGAAGACAAUGCAACGGAGGACCAGAAAAACUCAGAUGACUAUGUCUUGACAAAGCUCUUCAAGAAAUCUGGUAUCCACAGUGUGAUGCAACAUGACACCAUCAUGGAGUCCUCCAACCCUGACUAUGUUCUUGUGGAAGCAGAAGCCAACAGGGUGGCUAAAGAAGCCCUUAAAGCUCUUAAGACUUCUCGGCAGCAGUGCAGGCUGCCGUUUGAUAGACCAGCCCCUGCAAGGCAAGAAACGCUUCGGACAAAAGAGGAACUCUCUCUUAGUUGCACCAUCUGUUCAACCUGUCUCUACUCCCACCAAAUGCAAGGUAACGGGAUUGAUGCUGCAGUUAUAAAGAAGUCGGUGUCAAAGAAACCUGGGGCAGAAGCGCAUUUUAGUGGGGAGGGAAUGGAAAAUGACUCCAACUCCACCCCUCUGUCCUCCUCCUCCCUGCUGGCCAAGAUUAGAGCCCGGAACCACCUCAACAAGCCCUCCAGCCAGAGACCGGAAGAAGAGGAGGGAGAGGCGGAGGAGGGAGCUCCAGGAACAAGCUCUCCUCCUGCUCCAGCCACCGAGCAUGAUGAGCUCUUAGUGGAUCUGCGCAACUUCGUAGCCUUCCAGGCAAGUGUGGACGGACAGGCCACAACCCAGGAAGUGCUGGAGUACUUCAAACCGAGACUGACCCAGAAGCAGGCGCCUGUCUUCAGAGAACUACUCAGGAGCAUCUGCGACUUUCACAGGACAUCUGGUCAGGAGGGCAUCUGGAAACUGAAGGAGCACUUCCGCUGA